ACCCACGAGUAUUAACACGUGCAUCUACGCGUAUCCUUUCACCAUCGAUAAUACUACUACCUUGACAUCACAACGAUAAAUUUGAAUAUAUACAAAAUUUCAUUGAAGAAUAAUUAAUCUUAACGAAGAAGAGGAGGAGGAGGAGAAGGGAAGAUUAACUUAAAGAAGUUGAAGAGAAGAAGAAAAAGAAAAAGAAAAAGAAAAGGAAAGAUAAUACAGAUAAAGAAAAAUUCAAGAAGAAAAGCAACAAACGUAGGAAUAAUAACAGCAACAGCAGCAGUGGCAGCUGGUCGAGAAGAGGUGUGCAGACGUCAGUAAAGUAUAGAGGAAGGAAGCAACCGUUGCUGUAAGGCGACUAUAACGAACGGUGGUAGUGGCGGCGGCGGUGGUGGUGGUUCUAGUGGUGGUGGUAAAAAGAGGUAGUUACCACGGUAUAGGAGCUACGAGGCGUCAUUAAGACUUUAGACGUUCCUGGAAUCGCGUCACAAGGGUUGAACGGUGAUAUACCAAUCAAACGUGACACAUAUAUAUAUAUAUUAGAAUCUCGUAAUCGUCAAAAGAAAUUCCUGAGAUUCAUCUGUGAUUAUAGAGUACAGAGAUCACACAACAAUUUGAUUAUAAUCAAGAAUAAAGUGGACUCUUCGAUAGAAAGGAAGACAUCAAACAGCUGCUAGUUACAAGGAGACACACAGUAGUUACAGUAAAUGAUUAUUUUCUGUUGUCAUAACAGAGCCACGUGUGUCGAGUAAAACGCGCACACUCUGUCGUGCCAAGGUUAGAAAAGAGAAGAAACAACAACAAAAAAAAUCGACGGAAGUAGUUAUAUCCUGGGCCGACAGAGGCAUCCUGCCAGUUUCUGCGCACGUACCAACCACCCCAAUCCCUCUACUUAUAUUUACUUCUACGUGUAGCACCUGCUAUUUGACAGGAUACAUAUCACAAGAAUAAGAACCAUAUCAUUAAAAAAAAAUAAACCAGUAGAUUAAUUAAUCUACGAGGAUCAUAAAGGAAUCUUUUAAAAAAAAGAAAAAGAAGAAGACAACUAUCAACGACGUUCACCGGUACUUAGCCUUGAUUGUAGGCCACAACGGCGGUGCAAAGGUGACAGAUUGAUACUUGAAAAAGAGAGAACCGGCAUUACAACGCACAACACGAUGCCGUCUAACACGCAAAGGAGACAGAUCAUGCAACCAUGGCCCCUGUGCCUUGUGCCCUUCGCAAAAACGAAGCGCUAAAAUGCUUCAAGGGCCACAAGCAUCUACGUCGCUGGAGCGGAGUGUUUUACCAAAUUAUUAUACGAGAGUACCGUCUAUUGCGAGAUCAUCAACAACAAGUUCAGGCAUAACAUUAGAUUGUGCUUCGAACGCAACACUCGCAACAAACGCAAGCCCUUUCAACAGUCAAACAGCCCUUCUGGUGGAGAAGAAACAAUCACCGAGUGGUAGCAACAGUGCAUCAACCAAUCAUUAUUAUGUCGAAAAUCUAAGAAACAAUCAUCAACUUUUCAACAAUCAACAAUCGCAGAAAACCCUUGCUAGUUCAAGGAUUUAUGAUCCUUUAAACAAGGGUCUCGACGUUGAUUACAAACAAUUAGAUCCGUUGUUAGCCAAGGAUCUUCACGAGCCUACGAUAAAAGGACUAAUGAAUAUCAAUCAGGAAGAAAAGGAUAAAGAUGCGACGCAGGAAGUCGAACAUUUACCCCCAUCACAAUUUCAAAAGGAUCAAGAAUUAUCACCGAAACGAUUUAUCAGACAGGUAUUGGCAGCCUUAACACUUUCAUUGGGUUCCCUCGUUGUGGGUUUUGCCUCUUCCUAUACGUCGCCAGCCCUUGUUUCUAUGCAAAGCAAUGCAACUGAUACAAACUUUGAGGUUACCAAACAAAUGGGUAUGUGGAUUGGAUCGAUCAUGCCACUGAGUGCACUUAUCGGUGGUAUAGCUGGUGGUCCAUUCAUUGAAUAUUUAGGAAGAAGAAAUACUAUUCUUGGAACUGCUGUGCCGUUUAUCGUAGCCUGGGUUCUCAUCGGUUUGGCUCAAAAUAUUCCAAUGAUACUUGCCGGACGUGCUAUUUGCGGUUUUUGUGUAGGAAUAACUACCCUAUCACUUCCGGUUUACCUGGGUGAAACGAUACAACCUGAAGUUCGUGGAUCGUUAGGUUUAUUGCCUACGGUCUUUGGUAAUACCGGUAUUCUAACAUGUUUCAUAGCUGGCAUGUAUUUAAAUUGGAGAUAUCUUGCGCUGCUCGGUAGUAUUUUUCCAAUACCAUUCCUCAUAUUGAUGUUCUUGAUUCCCGAAACUCCAAGAUGGUACAUCUCAAAGGGUAAAACGAAACGCGCACGCAAAUCUCUCCAAUGGUUACGCGGUAAAAAUGUAGAUAUUACCGAAGAAUUGACAAUGAUCGAAGAAUUACAUGUAGAAAGCGAGAAAGAUAUGCAAAAUGGAUUAUCAGAAUUACUUAAACCAAGCCACGUCAAGCCCAUUUUGAUUUCAUUGGGUCUGAUGUUUUUCCAACAGAUGUCUGGUAUCAACGCUGUUAUCUUUUACACCGUUCAAAUAUUCAAGGAUGCCGGUAGCACAGUCGAUGAAAAUAUCUCGACCAUAAUCGUUGGUAUCGUCAACUUUUUAUCAACUUUCAUCGCUGCAGUGGUGAUCGAUAAGCUUGGCAGAAAAAUGCUUCUAUAUGCCAGUGGGAUAUCUAUGUUCAUAACACUUUUCACUCUUGGUUCCUAUUUCUAUGUAAAAAUGAGUGAUGCUGACGUAUCCAAUUUCGGAUGGAUACCAUUGCUGAGCAUGAUCAUUUACGUGAUCGGUUUCUCAUUAGGAUUUGGUCCAAUCCCAUGGUUAAUGAUGGGUGAAAUCCUACCAGCCAGAAUUCGUGGUACAGCAGCUAGUAUCGCCACGGCCUUCAACUGGACGUGUACAUUCGUAGUUACAAAAACUUAUGAAGACUUCAAAGAAUUGACCGGCGCACACGGAACAUUCUGGUUCUUCGGUAUCAUUUGUGCGCUAGGUGUAAUUUUCGUUUAUAUAUGGGUACCAGAAACACGUGGUAGGUCACUUGAAGAAAUUGAAAAGAGAUUCGCAGGACCAGUGAGAAGAAUGAGCGCUGUAGCUAACUUGAAACCAACCCCAAUGGGUGUCUAAUUGUUUUUUCUUCUUCUUCUUCUUUCUAGUUUCUUUUUUUGUAAGUUUCUUAUCCGUUUUAUAUUAUCUAUUAUUAUUCCUUUUUUUUUUUUUUUUUUAAUGAUGAUCAAUUUAGAAUGUAUAAGCUAUUGACAAACAACUAUCGCGCAAAAGCGAUCCAAGCUUAAGCAUGAGGUAAAUGAUCUUAGAAUAAUUCUUCUUGAGAUGAAGCGUGAUUGCUCUCUCUCUUUCUCUUUUUCUCUUUUUCUAUUUUCUCUCUAUCUAUCUAUCUAUCUAUCUCUUUAUAUGCCUUUCCUCGCAUUUUUAUUUUUCUUAUAAUUCUUCUGAUAAUUCCUCUUAAUUAAUUGUCGUUAAUUAUAUACGAGUAAUCGAAGGAGAAGGCACUAAGUGCACCCCCUUCGACUUGAACAUUUUUUUGUUAAUCAUUGUAAGAUUAAUUCAUUAUCUUAAUUCCGAAGAUUUGUUCUCGUUACUAGCGAACAUAUUCGUUUUAAGAAAAUGAGCAGUCUAUUGUUUUCGAACAAGUCGAUUAGUUAGAAAUUUGUAACAUGCGUAAAGUGGCGUGAAAGAAAUCUGCUGUUGACUAGGUAUAUAGUA